AUGUUACACCAGAGCUUUGGCCCAGUAACUCCCAGCAAAAGGAAAGGGGCUCGUUCCAAAGGAAGAGCAAAGAGCAAGAGAUCCCAUUCUCAAAGCAGCUCCAAGGAAGAAGCAUCACCCAGCCCCAAGAAGCUCAGCCGCUUGCAGGAGGAGCACAGUACUGCGGCCACAAGAGCCUCUCGCCCACAGACCAAGGAAUCUCAGACCCCUCCGGAUCCUGACGGAGCUCAUCGGAAUGGAGGACGGCACAAAGCCACAAAAGCACAAAGCCACAAAAAGGCCACUCAGCAGAAAGAGGAGCACAAAGAGGAAGAGGAUGAAAGAGAUGCUUGCAGCACUCCAGAGAAGGACUUGGAAGGCGAGGAGACAAUCACCCUGGAACCGGUACAUUUUCUACAAUGUCACAGUAAGGCCAACAACAGGGAUGACUUCAAGACUCAAUUAUGGGCCUGUGUUUUUGAGCCACCACUAGAUUGUGGGACGAGAAAAGACCCUGUGGUGAGCUCUUCUCGGACAGCAGCUACCUGUGGCGGAGAUUCUGUUUGUUUGGUUGACUGUGAAACAGGCAUUGUUUUGAAAAAGUACAAAGUGACUGGGGAGGAGUUUUACACUGUCACAUGGACAACUCUAACAAUGGUAACAAGUGACGGGAGAAAGAAGAAACACAACGUUUUGGCUGCUGCUGGGAGAAGAGGCAUCGUAAAGCUAAUUCAUGUGACUGCCGAUUACUGUUACGGAGAAAUCAAGGCUCACAAGAAACCCAUUGCUACUGCUUGCUUUAGUCCAACCUGUGAAACACACCUUUUCACUGCCUCCUAUGACAAAAAAAUAUGCGCCUGGGACAUUGGAAUUCCAGACUGUGACUAUAAUUUCCAAGAAAGGCAGCUGAUGGUACUGGACACCAUUUCCACACCUUUACGUAUUGCCCUAGUACCCUCUUGCCCAGAUCGGUUCUUGGUGGCUGGUUGCGAACAGGGCUGCUUCGCCUGGGAUAUUAGACUGGAUGAUAAACCGCAGAAAAACAGAGCUUUUGAAGUUGAAUUUCAAUUUCCAGAUGAUGAAGGGAAUGACACGUCUUCUCAUCGGGUGGAUGGCCUAGCCUUUCUGAAUGAAGACAUUGUGGUUACCAAGAGUUCAAAGAGAGAAUCUAUAAACCUCUGGAGCUGGAGUCGCUCUUUCAAACAAGGCAAAAGUGGGCGGAGGACAGUACAGGCUGUCAUUCUGGCUGAACUGGAAUGGUCUUCAACAGAUCUUCCUUACCUCACUCUCAGUACAUGCCCAACAGAAGAAUAUGUGUUCUGUGGUGAUGAGAAAGGAAGCAUCUGGAUGUAUGACCUCAGCAACCAUUUGUCAGCUCUUUGUGCCACUAAGGAAGAUUGCCCAACCGAGAGAAUAGGGCCUUCCCAGAUUCUAAAGUGGCCGGAAUUGAAGGCAAAUGGUGAGUUGCUGACAGAUGUCUUGGUGAACAACGUGGUCACAGAUCCCACUUUUACAUAUCUAGUCGCACUGACAGAUGUCAACAUUGCCGCAAUAUGGAAGAAAGUCUAGCUGGGUUGGCAACCCAGAAGGAGCAAUCCCAUUUUUUCAACCACAUUUCAGUAGUGCAGUAUUUGUGACUGUUCUGAGAAUAAUCAGGGUGGGUUGGGGAUAGGGAUGGGAGUUGGUGGGAUGAAAUUCAUAUAUAUAGAUAUAUAUAUAUAUAUCUCAAUGCAAGAAAAUCAACCAAAGGUAUUGGCUGGAACUACAUGAAGUUGUUGCCAAUGCCGACAUCUUUUAACUGUGACUUUGCUUUAUUUGUGUCUUAAGUGUAUUUGUUUUAUAGGACAGUAUUUAAUAAAACUUGAUACAACAUAA